CAGAGUAAACGAAGAAGGAAGCUUUUGCUACAGAGUCAUGGCGAUGCUUUUUCGACCUCCUCCUUCACAAUGUAGAAGCUUCUCCCCUCUUACCUUCAACCACAUCUCCGGAGAAAUUUCACCGUCUUCUCGGCUCUCCUUGAAAACCUCCGGCGUCGAAAACUGGGUUUCACAUUUCCGGUCGAAAUCUCUGAGUUUGAUGUUCUCUGGAGCUCUCGCCCUCGGUUUAUCUCUUUCAGGUGUUGGAUACGCAGAGGCAAAAGCAGGGGUUAACAAACCAGAAUUGCUUCCUAAAGAGUUCACUUCUGUCAUAGAUGUUGCUGAUUUCCUCUCUAAUGGACAGGAAAAAAGGAUUGCUAAAGAAAUCGCUGAUCUUGAGAAAGAUACAGGAUUUAAGUUGAGAGUCUUGGCUCAGAACUAUCCUGUUACACCUGGACUAGCAAUCAAAGAUUUUUGGCAGGUGGAUGAUAGCACAAUUGUGUUUGUAGCUGACCCGACUUUUGGGAACAUAUUGAAUUUCAAUGUUGGGGCCUCAGUUGAUUUAGACAUACCUCGUAGUUUCUGGAGUCGAUUGGCUGGGAAAUACGGCAACAUGUUUUACUGGAAAGAAAAGGGAGAAGAUGCAUCCAUUGAAGCUGCAGUGAUGGCGAUAUCAAGUUGCUUACGAGAACCAGUUGGUGCAAAUAACUGUGCAGAGAUCCAAUGAAGUAUAUGACCCAUAAAGUGUAUCUAUAUGUUAUUAACAUUUUUAUGACCCAUAAAGUGUAUCUGUUAUUAACAUUGUAUAGAUUGGCAUCAAAGAGAGACAGAGUUUGUAAGAUGAAACCACGUCUUGUAACUUCUCUCCAUUUCUCA